GAUUCCACUGGUUUCCGUCAUGAAAUAUUGAAAAAAAUCCAUAUUUUGUAUUAAAACUGUACUUUUUAUUGACCAUUUAGUGUUAGUGAAAGUGUCUUUAGCGACUAACAUGAAUAUAUCGGAUAAUGAAGCAGAUGAUACUUCCAGUGUAGAAAGCACCUCAAAUACAGAUAAUACGUCCCGUAGCGAGACUCCAACGAAUUCCCGUGUGAAGAAACGUAGACGCGGCAAAAAGAAGACUACUAAACAAGUCAAACCUCCAUAUAAGUUCAACUGUAGUGCAAAAGAGGAUCAUGGCCAACCUUUAUUUGGUUGCCAAUUCAACCACCACCUUGCGGAAGGCGAACCACAAGUAUUUGCCGUGGUGGGAAGCAACCGAGUUUCCAUUUAUGAAUGUCCAGAGUCCGGAGGCUUCAAGUUUCUACAGUGCUAUGCGGAUCCUGAUGUUGAUGAAACAUUCUACACUUGUGCAUGGUCUUAUGAAGAAGAAACCGGUCUUCCGUUGCUCGCUGUGGCAGGAUCACGAGGCAUCAUUCGGAUCUUUCACCCUGCUUCACAGACUUGUAUCAAACAUUACAUAGGCCACGGCCAUGCUAUCAACGAAGUUAAGUUUCACCCGCGGGAUCCUAACCUUCUUCUGUCAGCUAGCAAAGAUCAUGCUCUACGGCUGUGGAACAUUAUGACUGAUGUUUGUAUUGCUAUUUUUGGUGGAGUGGAAGGUCACAGAGAUGAAGUUUUAAGUGCUGAUUUUGAUCUCAAAGGAGAACGUAUCAUGUCUUGUGGAAUGGAUCAUUCUUUAAAACUAUGGAGACUGGAUAAGCCAUCUAUGAACGAGGCCAUAAAGCAAAGUUAUAAUUUUAACCCACAUCGGGCUCUAAGACCUUUUAAUUCUUUGAAAGAGCAUUUCCCUGACUUCUCUACGAGGGAUAUACACAGAAAUUAUGUGGAUUGUGUUCGGUGGAUGGGAGAUCUCAUUUUGUCCAAGUCGUGCGAGAAUGCGAUAAUCUGCUGGAAGCCAGGCCGACUCGAAGACACGGAGUUACGACCAGGCGAUAACUCGGUCACCAUAGUGCACAGAUUCGACUACAAAGAGUGCGAGAUUUGGUUCAUUCGUUUCGCCGUCGACUAUAGCCAGAGGGUAAUAGCUCUGGGCAACCAGUGUGGUAAGACAAUGGUGUGGGAGCUGGGCAGCGUUGCGGGCGGCAGCCGGGUCUCCCAGCUCAUGCACCCCCGCUGCCAGGCCGCCGUUAGACAGGUGACCCUUUCCAGAAACGGCAAAGUUUUAUUAACAUGCUGCGAUGAUGGUACGAUUUGGAGAUGGGACAGAGCUGUUAGCAAUAAUAAUAACUAGCUAACAUUAAGGUGACUACAGGAAGAGGACUGGCAGGUCUGAUCUGAGGUCUCAGUACUUCAUAAUUAAAUUCAAAUUAAUUAAUGAAGUUUUCUGUAUUGCACAUAAAACUUUUUCUGACUGGCUCAAGCCGAUUUCGCGUUAAUAAGCAUGGUGACACCCUUAGUAAAGGGACGAUAUUAUACAGCGUGUUUUAAUUACUGGGAAUGUAUCCGAAAUCAUAGGAGAUACAGGGAAAUUGCCUUAGGA